AUGGCAGCCAACUUUGCUCGUAUCGCAUCCAGGCGACUCUACCAGCGUCCGGCCCUGCCUCGCCCCUCGACCACCUUCCGCUCGCUGUCGACCUCUCUCCCCCGUCACUUCGCCGCCCCAAUUGACAACCCCAAUGCUACUCGCCUCAUUCCCGUCGACCCCAACUUCGUUCCUGGUUCCCAGAAUGCCGACAACUCGAACGUCAACUUGGCCAACGAUGCCGACGAGGACCCGAAUCAACGCAAGAUCCGCCAUUACACUGUCAACUUCGGUCCCCAGCAUCCCGCCGCCCACGGUGUGUUGCGCUUGAUUCUCGAGCUCAAUGGUGAAGAGAUUGUCCGCGCAGACCCUCACGUUGGUCUGUUGCACCGUGGUACCGAGAAGUUGAUCGAGUACAAGACAUAUCUCCAGGCCUUGCCCUACUUUGAUCGUCUCGAUUACGUUUCCAUGAUGACCAACGAGCAAUGUUUCUCCCUGGCCGUCGAGAAGCUGCUCAACAUCGAGGUUCCCGAGCGCGCCAAGUGGAUCCGUACUCUGUUCGGUGAAAUUACCCGUGUUCUGAACCACCUCAUGUCUAUCCUCUCCCACGCCAUGGAUGUUGGUGCUCUGACUCCUUUCCUGUGGGGGUUCGAAGAGCGUGAGAAGCUCAUGUUCUAUGAGCGUGUAUCUGGUGCUCGUCUCCACGCUGCUUACGUCCGUCCCGGUGGUGUUUCUCAGGAUCUCCCUGUUGGUAUUCUUGACGAUAUCUACCAAUGGGCCACUCAAUUCGGUGACCGCAUUGACGAGACUGAGGAGCUUUUGACCGACAACCGCAUCUGGAAGGGCCGUACCCAGGGUGUCGGUGUCGUUUCCGCCGCUGAUGCUCUCAACUACUCUUUCACUGGUGUCAUGCUCCGUGGCUCCGGUGUCCCAUGGGAUAUCCGCAAGUCUCAGCCCUACGACGCCUACGACCAGGUCGAGUUCGACGUGCCCGUUGGUGUCAAUGGUGACUGCUACGACCGCUACCUCUGCCGUAUGGAGGAAUUCCGCCAGUCGCUUCGCAUCAUCUUCCAGUGCUUGAACAAGAUCACCCCUGGACCCAUCAAGGUCGAGGACUACAAGAUUGCCCCUCCCCCACGUGCUGCCAUGAAGGAGAACAUGGAGGCUCUCAUUCACCACUUCUUGCUCUACAGCAAGGGUUACACCGUUCCUCCCGGCGAGACCUACUCUGCCAUCGAGGCCCCUAAGGGUGAGAUGGGCGUCUUUGUUGUCUCGGACGGUUCCGAGAGACCCUACAGAUGCAAGAUCCGUGCCCCUGGAUUUGCCCACUUGGGAUGCUUUGAUCAAAUCUCAAGAGGUCACUUGUUGGCCGAUGCUGUCGCCAUCAUCGGUACUAUGUAA